AUGGCCCAAUUUGGAAAAAUGGUGAUGUUGUGGCCAAAAAUAGAUGUGGUAUCUCCACCGCCAUUCUUUUCACCGGGGACUCUACAAUAUAAGGAGGAUGUUAAUCUAGUAACACAAAUAAUUGCAGGAAAUAUCACAAAUACAAAGCUAAUAAAAAAUGAUCCACUUUUGUCAGGGAUUAUUGAUGUAAUAUUUUUACAGAGUAAUAUCGUUAGUGAAUUAAAGAUGGGAAAUGUUUUUGAUGAUGUAAAUCAAGGCUUAUCUAUUGAUGAUCUUCCAGGUGGAUUAGAGGAGUUCAACAGAGAAUACAUGAAUAAGAAUGAACGCUAUAACAUACCUGAAAAAUAUUUUGAAUCGGAAUUUUUUGAUUUGUUUAUUGCAUUACUAAAGUUUGCUAAAGAUGGUUGGGAUAAGAUGAUAAAUUCAUUCAAGAAUAAACCCACUGAUAUUAAUUUUUUCUACUCUUUAGGAACCAUCGUUGAAAUUUUCAUUGUGGAUAGGAAAUAUUAUCCCUUACAUAGAGCUCGUAGACUAUGUUGUAUAUAUAUACCAUUGGAUGAUAACAAUGAAUCAUUUACAGAGACAAUUAUUUCACUAAUCCGCAUCGUAUAUUCAGUAAAUCAAAGAUUGAAAAAAUCACUAAAUAUCAUAAAUGAGAUAGAACAAACAUCAUUUCAGGAAUUACACAACAUUGAAAAGAAUGAUUUAGUUACAAUUCUUACUUAUGAUAGUGAUUGA